GCUCCUAUAAAAACAUGCUACAGUAGAUUUACAGAGCACAUGUUCUAACGCGAUCAGCGGUGUUACUGAUGGCAUUUCCACCAAGAAUUUUCAACAUGAAUUACAUGGCACGACUUUAGAAGCGUUAAUGUAAAAUGUUGUUUUAGUACGAAUGAAGACAAAGCUGAGGAUGUUGUGGGAACGCGGGAAGCGAUUGCUCUUGCUUCAGUGGAUUUAAGCGUGUUGUUUUGUCAUGUGAUGAUGGCCAGGGGAAGAUUGGCUGUGUCGUUUAUUCUGGCGCUAGUUUGUUUCUUUAUAUUUUCCGAGUACGGGAUUUAUUACGCUGUUAUUUUGCGAUGCUCCUGGCCUGAUUCAGACUCCCAUUCAGCUGUGCGAGCGUUAUUUCUCUCUGAUACUCACCUAUUGGGGACCAUAAAAGGACACUGGUUCGACAAACUCAGAAGAGAGUGGCAGAUGGAAAGAGCAUUCCAGACUUCUCUGUGGCUUUUCAAACCAGAAGUUGUUUUUAUUUUAGGAGAUGUGUUUGAUGAGGGCAAGUGGAGCUCCCCUGAGGACUGGGAAGAUGACAUCAGGCGUUUUAAACGUAUCUUCCGCCAUCCCAGUGACACAGAGCUUGUUGUCCUUAUUGGAAAUCAUGACAUUGGCUUUCAUUAUGAAAUGACUCUGCAGAAGUUGGAGCGGUUUGAGCAGGUGUUUAAUGUUACAUCAGCACGCAUUCUCACCAUUAGAGAAGUCAAUUUCUUACUAGUGAACAGUGUUGCGUUGCAUGGUGAUCACUGCCCCAUCUGUCAGCGUGUAGAAAACGAAUUAUACAAACUCUCACAUGGUCUUAAUUGCUCCAUUCAGGGUACAGAACAUGAUGACCACUGCAAAAACACAGAUACUUUUGCCCCAACAGCUCCAAUUCUACUACAGCAUUACCCUCUCUAUAGAGUGAGUGAUGCCAUGUGCACAGGUGUGGAUGCAGCCCCACUGAAUGAAAGAUACCAGCAGUUUCAUGAGCGAUAUGAUGUCAUUUCUCAGGUUGCCUCCAAAAAGCUUCUGUGGUGGUUCAGACCUCGACUCAUUCUAAGUGGCCACACCCACAGUGGUUGUGAGGUUGUGCAUGAGAACCGCUACCCUGAGGUCAGUGUACCAUCCUUUAACUGGAGGAACCGCAACAACCCCAGCUUCAUUCUGGUAAACUUACUUUUUGAAAAUAAUUCAAACCUUACAGUUUAGUAUGAUGUUUCAUGCUCAUAACAAUUGACUUAAAACGUAUGCCGAUUGUUAAUAAGUUCAUAAUCAAUCGCAAACAAAUAAAGAGACCACUCCAGUUGUGUCAAAUGUCUGCAUGAGUUUUGACAAUUCCGGUCCACUGUGUAUUGAAUUUCAACAAAAACAAACCUCAGGAAUGACAUAAUGUCAUCCAACAGCAAUGUAAAAGACAGAGAAAAUGCAAAGACGCAUGAUGAAGUUGUUAAAAAAUCUGACUUAAAGCACAUGUGAAAACAUGUUUUUUGUGUUGUUUUCUUUCCAGCAUUCAAGAUUUGCAAACACUGUAGCGUUUUUGUUAUUUUGACCAGUUUGUCUCCUUUCAGUUUUAUGCAAUGUUUUCAUAAAUAAUAUUUUCAUUUUGAAUUUGGGAGAAUUUUUGUGACUAGUUCACAGAAUGAAACAAAAAAGGUCAUUUUUAAACACUUACAGUACCAAUAAAGUAAAGACCCGAUUUAUGUCAAAUUUGUACUUUAGUAACCAUAUUGUUCAGUUCACUGGAGUAAUUCUGAAAUUACCCUUGCAUCUAGCUCCCCCCGGUCAUUUUGCACCCUAGGCUAGGCAUGCAGCGAUUUCCUUGGUUCACUAUUAACCGUGCUUAAAAACGUCACGGUUAAUUAAUCGUAAAGACUCUGUUACAUCGCAUGUUUCUGUUGCACGGAACGGAAACGUUGCAACUUGCACAAAAUGGAAACAAAGUUACACCAGCGGUGCACCAGCUUAAAGAGCCAUGCUUAUCAGAGACACGGAGGCCACGACACACACUAGAUUAACUAUGGCAGAGAGACCAAACAGCCAAUCUUAUAUGUACAUUCACAAUCAAGGCUGUGGCGGUGACAGUUGGGCUUUCAGUGCAAUGUAAACAAACAAAGAGCCAUAUAAGUUAAUGGAGUAGCACACCGGACAAGAAGCCUCACGUCGAGGACAGCUCACAGGAUGUGUACAUUCUCUAUGCGCAAACUCAAAUUCCAAGUCUAUUCCUGACGCAAGUUGAUCCAAUUUAACUUAUUUUAUGUUAUUUAGCGAAUGUUUAUGUUUAGGCUCAAAAGCUGCUGCCUCUGCACAAGCUCGA